UUUUAACCCGUAGCCACAGACGUGGAGUCAAUUUGACUCCUUGCUAGUAUCUGGAGGGGGAUUUCCCGUUUUCUCCUCAGUCUAUCUGUCCAUGCCUAGAGGUACCUUUUCAUCGAGUAGUAUUGAACUAGCACUGAGACAAUUGCGUUGAUUGUGUACGUUAUUUACAUUUCAUUACGACUUGAAUUUCCGACGGAGUCAAAAGGACUACAGGUUUUUAGGAUGGAUUUUGAUAGCAAAGCUGGUCCCUCAAAAAUAGUUAGAUAUGGCGAUUCGGACUACCAAGAAACUUUGCUGAAAUGGGCUGCUGGGGUGGAUGAGGAAAAUGAAAACGGCAGUGGUAUUGAUUCAGAUGCCGAAUUCAUUUACAGUGAUAAUGAGAGCAUUCGGAACAAGAAUGGACAGAGAUUGCGAAAGACUUUCUACUGAAGAAGAUGAGAC